AUGGCCAAUGUCGCUCAGGUGACCAGAGAUUUCAUCUCUGGUCUCACAUCCCUCUCUUGGGAUUCCCCUGGACAAAGGGCUAUAAAUGCCUUGCUCGCUCCCGCCCUCGACGCUGAACUCGCUCUACGAACCCUUUUUGUGGUUCAACCUGAUCAUCCUGUGCUCAGAGAUCCAUACGUUGGCCUCAUUGAUGCAUUCGCUACACCGAUUUCUGCCAGGAGGACAUGGCCCAGGUCUACUGGAAGUAUAUCUCUUGGAAGCAUGGUUGUCGGUCAUCAGACUAUAACACCUGAAGGUCGAACACGAACUUCCUUUUUCCCAAGGCAUUAUAUGUUUCCUUUGCCUUUUCACCUGCGUCGCAGAAAGGGCGUUAGUUGCAUCGUAAACGAUUUAGAUACCUUCAAGGCCAACUUUAUUCUCUUUACGGGACACGCCUUUAUGAAAAUGCGCCAUUGGAAUAAUGUCGUGGUCGCCGGGGGCUCUAUCCUUGCUUGUCUUGGAGCCCAGCCUGAUGACAUGGAUAAUGUGGCUUUGAACACCUUGUUCAACUCCAACGCGUAUAAAAGUUCCGACGUCGACGUGUUUCUUUAUGGACUCACUCCCUUGGCCGUAAGCAUCUCUUUGCGAAACGUCGAAUGCUCGAAAUUUACGACGACAUCCGGGCUGCCAUUCCUCAUCGAUCGAUCUGCAUACGAAAGGCUAACACCAUCACGAUCUAUAGCAACUGCAUGGCCUCACCGCCCAGUGCAAAUCAUCCUUAGACUUUACGCGUCUCCGGCUGAGAUUUUGGCUGGAUUUGACAUUGACUCAUCUUGCAUGCUCUACAACGGCGACCGAGUCUGGCUUAAUUGUCGAGCUCUUGCUUCCUUGAUACGUCAAUGCAAUACCGUUGAUUUGAGCAGAAGGUCACCGUCAUACGAGAUACGGCUGGUGAAGUACUCUGAGAGAGGGAUGGAGAUAUAUAUUCCUUUCCUGCGUCGUGAUUUGAUCGACCCAUCUUUUGUAUAUAAUAAGUCGCUGGACCGCAUACCUCUAGGUCUCCCAUGUCUCGUGGUGCUUGAAAAGCGCCGCGACGACCCUGACUACUACCAUAAGAUCUUCGUACGCAAAAACUGGGCAUCAAAAAAUUAUCUCAGGAAGGAGCCUCAUUUAUGGCCUGAAGACUACGACCCAGUGGACCGUUUAUUGGCCAGUAACUACGAUUUCUCGUGGGUCAAGAUACCUUUUGGAAAGAAUUGGAAUGCCGACAGGGACAUGAAGAUGAACAAUAAUUGUCCGAAGCCAGAAACAGAAGAUGAAGAACAGCUAAUUGAGUCGGAAAAAUUUGUUUUCAUUCGAGGACAUGUUUCCUUUAUAACAAACAAUCCUGGCCAGCAAUUAUUGACAGGGAGCUUCCGCCCGGAGACCACGGCGGAUUGGACUCACGGGCUCUAUUUCACUGAGGAUGAAGACCGCAAUGAAAUGGAUGCCACCAGGGACGAUGAAGUUUACCACCGGUCGUUGCAACAGAUAUGGGAGAACUCCCGAACAUUUGAAGAACAUGAAGACGACUUUAGGCCGCUUACCGUCAAAGAUAUAGAUGAGUUGGGAUAUUUCGAUGAACCAAAACCUGAUUCUUGGCUGAGAGCUUGGGAAGUUCAAGCAGUCAAGGUAGAAUCUGACGACGAAGCCGAAGCCGAGUUAGGGGCUGAGGAAGUUGAAGAAGGUACUCAUGGUGAAGCGAGGGUCGAGAUUGUCCUUGAGGACUCCGAAGACGAGGUAGAGUGCCCCUGA